AUGCCUCGCGCGAUUUUCAAAAUGGUGGGUGCCGUAGGUGCCGUGUGGACCGAUUUGAUUGCGAAUUGAUGUUUUGCGCACGGUUCCAAGAAUGAAGCUCGAGAUAUAUAAUCAGAUCCUCUCUUUGAUGCAUACUUAUGGAUCCCGAGAAUGUCUCAAAUCAAUCGCACUUCAAUACCCAGGUGUAACCUACAACACUCUUAUCAGUAUCUACUCUCAAGACUACCAGGUAGAAUAAAAAAGACGCGCAAGAAUCACCACAGACAUCACAAACCAGAUGUUAUGGAGCGCUACUAUCAAAGAUAUUUGUUAGAGAAAUCACAGAAUUCAGAUGAACCAGUUAUGCUUCGAUUAGCUGAAGAGGUUGAUCUGUCACACUCAUUGUUUGCAAGAAUCAUUCUAGAGAGACAUCUUGCCACAACUUGCUAUGAAGGAGACCACCCACCUAAAGCAGUUGUCAGUCAAAUAAUGAAGGAUCCAUUUCUUUUGGAAGACAAAGUUUUGGCUUAUGAAAUACAACAGUGUAUUCUGAAUGACCCAAACUAUGGUCCUCUAGUGGAUAAUAUCAAGCGAUCUGUCGGCUAUGAGUAUGAGUUCAUUUUGAAGGAGAAACUACAAAACAGAAAUAUUGAAUUUAUUGAUGAGGAUAUUAUGAGGGCCAAGGGAUAUGACAAAACUCCCGACUUCAAGCUGGAAAUACCAAUAGCUGUAGAUGGUCACGUUGUUAACUGGAUUGAGAGUAAGGCGUCGUUUGGCGACGAGUACAACCAUCAGGCGUACCUCAAGGAACAGUUCUGGAGCUACUGGAACAGGUUUGGUCCUGGCCUGGUCAUCUAUUGGUUUGGCUUUAUUGAUGAACUGGACUGUAACAGAGAACGAGGGAUAUUAAUCAAAGAUGAGUUUCCCGUAGAUAUAGUUACACUCGACGCCCUGUUGGACUAAACCUAGUCUACUCUUAUCACCAUAGAAUAGUUGAACUCUUUAGCUCUUAGCGGACAAAGUAUAUAAUCGGUAGAUAUGGGAAUUAUGCUCAGUAAAAAUUUAUACACCCAUUUCAUGAUCAAGAUUGUAAUCGAGAAACCGGUGUCGUAAAUCGUGAAAAGCCUACUCCGUUUCGUAAAGCUUAGGCAUAUAAGUUUAGGCCGAGUCCAACGGGUAAAGAAGUGCGUUUCAAGAUCCGCUCGCUACGGACCGUUUAGUAUUUUUGUUUUUUUCAUUCUCUGGAUUUUCGCACUCACUUCUUAUAGAGACAUUCGCAUGCAAGCAGGACUUCUGUAAAAUUGAUAAUGAUUUAAUACCCUUUUCAUAAGCAGUUCUCCCAAUAUGUAAUUUUCACAAAGAGUCGUGCGGUCUGCAGCGGGAGUUUUUAGUCGUGCGACUUCUUGGAAUCGCGCGGUUUCCAGUCGGAAUACGUCGAACAAUAAUGAUGUCUGUCUUGUACUUUGUCGAGCGGGCAAUACGGUACGUAUUAUCAAGGGAUUUGUUUUUGUUACUUACGGGGGUUCAGAGGUGCAAGAUCUCUUGGUGUUCACUUUUGAAGCCGAAAUAUACUUUCCGUUAUUUAACUACGUUUUGAAGAGACACAUUUUUUGCGCAUCGGGUUUCGUGUCAACAGAAAUUGAGUCAUUUUCAGUGUAUUGCUUCGGGUUUCGUGUCAACAGAAUUUGCUGUACCGGAUGCAAUGACAAAGUAUAUGAUAGACUUUGCCCUAUGUACUAAACGUUUUCAUCUAACUUUUUUCACUAUGUACAUUUGUUUGAUGAUUAGCAUGGUUGUCAAGUA